UGCAGAACAUGGAUGUUGUUUUCACUUAACCAUUUCUGUGUGAAUUGUGAUGCAUGUUUGGAGUCAUUAUAUAGAUAAAUGCAUACAAGGAGAAGCACAUCAUACCUACUGUCAAAUAAGGAGGUGGGUCAUGAUGUUUUGGAGAUGUGUUGGUGCCAGUGGACCAGGGGAACUAUUUAACAUCAAUGGUUCAAUUAAAUCAACAAAGUACCAGAAAAUUGUGGCAGAAAAUCUGGUUGUCUCUUCUAGGAAGGUGAGACUUGGUCAUUGGUAGAUUGUCCAGCAGGACAAUGACUCUAAACAUAUAUCAAAAUCCACACAGAAAUGAAAAGUGAAAACAACAUUCAUACAGCACAUUCAUCAAAAACAUGUGGUCUGAAUGGAAGUGCAAACCCAAGGAAUCUGAAAGGUUCUGCAUGUUAAAAAAUCCCUCCAAAUGUAAUCUCUAACCACAUCACAAAUUAUAGAAAAAGACUCAUAGCUGUCAUUUUUGCCAGAGGUGUUUGCACAAAUAACCAGGGGCAGCAAUAAUGGUAAAACUUGUUUUUGGGGAAAUACAUUUUCGAUUUGAAAAAUGUAAGAAUGUUGGAAAAUAAUGCAUGUGUCAAUAACUAUGGGUGCCAAUAAUUCUGGAGCACACUGUAUAUGUAUAUGGAGAGAGAGCCACUACCACUGUUUGCUUUAUUCUGAGACAGGAAAUGAGGAUAUAUUUUCAGAAAACUAUAGACUACUGUAUAUGUUAUGACUGUAAUGCUCAUGUGUACAUUACAUUUUUCCUAGACACAGAGCAGCAAGUUUGCUUAGUUUAACACCCCUGGGACGGAUGGAGGUACCCUGUGAAUGUGAAACACUGAACAGUGAACUAUUGACUGGUAUUUUCAGUAAAUACUGACUAUAAUCCUAAUGUAAGUAAAUAUUUGUUCAUUUCUUUGCUUUUAAUGAAAUGCAAUAUUGGAUUUUGGCAAGUUUUUGUUAUUGACACUGACUUCCCUGAAAUGAAAAAAACUUUUUUUUUUACUUGUAACGUCUCAAACUUGUGUGAUGCGUCAUGGUUCUUUUAUGAACAGGAACUGAGAACCAUCUUAAAUUACAUUUUUUUUGGCAUUAUCAACUCUGUAAUAUAUUGGAACAUUUUGUUUUUGGACAUCAAGAAGGCUGUAGCCUGUGCCCUUUAAAAAAAUGGAUUUUGAUGUCUGUCCAACUCUUACUCAAAGCCUACAGGAUUGAAAGUGUGUAGUCUGGAAUUUCUUCCUGUGCGCACAUAAAUAUGUCUGUGCCUCUAGUGGGUACAUAACUUGUGGUUUAACUUACUGGAUUAGCUAAUUAGACAGACCUGCCUUGACGACAAAUCCAUCCCCUUCACACCAUAUAAAAACCCAUAUCAACCAAGGAUAUCUAGGUUGGCUUGGAGCUCUCAUUCUUUAGGUGAGUAUUGUUUUUGUUUAUUUCACAGAGGAAUUUAAAUAGUCUUGCCUAAUGGUAUCUAAAGCAUAUGGUAAGAUGCCAUAUUUGGAUAUGGAUUUAAAUUUGCCACAUAUUGUCAUGUAUAUUUAUUUCAUUUUUAUUAUUCUUAAUAAUGUGUCUGUUUUAAAAAUAUAUUUUGCCCCUCAGGUUGAUAUACGUAGGUAUCAGCAAUGGUCACUCCAUUUUCACUUGGCUCCCUUCUGGUAUUGGUAUGUGCUCUUCUCCCUCUCUACUCAGCUCAAGAAAGCUGCAGUGACAGAUGUGGGGAAUCAUAUUACAGGGGUAAUAUCUGCCAUUGUGACUAUGACUGUCUUAGUCACAAAGAGUGCUGCAAGGACUAUGAGUCUUCAUGCACCACAAGUGACUCAUGUAAAGGUCGCUGUAGCGAGUCCUUUAAGAGGGGUAGGCCUUGUUACUGUGAUCCUGAGUGCACACUCUAUAACCAGUGCUGUCCCGAUUAUCAAAUGCACUGUGGUACAGAUUUACAGGACAACCAUCUAAUUCCUCUGUCCUCCCCUCCAUCACCCAUGCUGCCUAAAGAGGAGGUUCAAGGAGAUGAGGGCAUAGAUCAGACCCCAUAUCAGGUCCCAGAUGCUGGCCCCACAGCAGCCAUGUAUCAAGACAGCAUGAGCGGGCAAGAGCCCUUGUUGGUAAAUUCAACGGAAGAGUUGUUAUCUCCGGAUGGUGCCUACACCCCACUGAGCACUGUAGUCAUGCUUCCUCUGUGGAGUGAGCAAGGUGCGAUUAAAGAGGAGCUUUCCACACUUUUCACUGAAGAUCUACUGCUGCCUCACAACUCCACAGGGAUUCCUCCUGUUACCGAAAACACCGAUGUCUCCACUUCAGUACCAUCCAUUCCUGAAUGGCAAAGUGACUCUACCAACCAGUCCCCCACAGUUUCAGAGUUCACAAACCCCAGCAUGACUCCAGCCAGUGAGCGUGACGUAAUCUCCCACGUAAGCCCCAAGCCAACCACUCAGAUGCCACAGGAGCCACUGAGCACUGCUACCACCCCUGAAGCUGGCACUACUACCACCCCUGAAGCUGGCACUACCAUCACCCCUGAAACUGGCACUACUACCACCCCUGAAGCUGGCACGGCUGCUACCCCUGGCACUACAGAGUCAUCGCCAUCCGCCACUCAGAGUUCUGACCAAGUGCUACCCACAAACAAGCCUACAUCAGCCCCUACCGGCAGAGUCCCCUCCGCUUCACAAGAUGAGACCUCUACAGUCACGCAUGUUUCCUCCUCAAGUACAGAAGCAGACGAUGCCUCUACCACCGCCCCUUCAGGAACCUCAGCCAAGGGCAACACGUCUGUCGCGCCACUGCUGACCGGCACAGCUGUCGACACUGAGCUGCCAUCGCCUGCUACAGCCUCAGGAGCUGACACAUCGCUGGCGGGAGGUGACAUCACAAACACUGCUCAGACCAGGGGCCCCACACCUGCAGACGAAGCUCAGAACACUGAGACACAGCCCACCCCCGCAGCCGAUCCCACGACUGCCCCAGCGAGGCCCAAUCCCUCCCCUUUACAGCCCUCCAAGAUGCCCACCAGACCCAGCACUCAGACAGACAUCACUCAAACAUGGACCACUGACAACCCCAAUGACUACCUCCCAGAAGACAACAACGACACCAAUCUAUGCAGUGGUCGACCCAUCAGUGGACUGACGACUCUUCGUAAUGGAACAGUUGUCGUGUUCAGAGGCCAUUAUUUCUGGGUCCUGGAUGCCAACAGGUCACCAGGCCCGGCCCGUGGCAUAACAGACGUGUGGGGCAUCCCUUCACCCAUCGACACGGUCUUCACCCGCUGCCAAUGUGAGGGCAAGACCUACUUCAUCAAGGGAAAUUAUUAUUGGAGAUUUAAAAAUGAUGUGAUGGAUCAGGGUUAUCCCCAACCCAUCUCUCUUGGCUUUGACAAGCUGGCUGGAAAGCUCAAUGCUGCCCUGUCUGUGCCUGCAACCAGGAAGAGGACAGAUUCUGUGUACUUCUUCAAAAGAGGAGGCCUGGUACAAAAAUACAACUACAAACCAAGCUCUGCCUGCAGUAGGAGAGUUCCGAAAAGGGUCUUUUUAGUCAGGAACCGCUUCACCAGACAAGCAGCUUCGACAGAGGAUGGCCUUGGGAAGGAGAUGAACAUCAAAACGUGGAGGGGAUUCCCUAAUCUUGUGACUUCAGCUGUGUCCAUUCCCAGCCCCAGGCAGCCAGGUGGAUACGACUACUACAUCUUCUCCAGGACAAAAUACUACCAAAUCAAGCUUGCUGAUGAUCGACCAACCCUGGCCACUCCACUGACCAUACCCUCCCAGCAGAACUCUGUCAAGAACUGGUUCAAUUGCCCAUAGGGCUUUUUCUAAAGAACGAGAGAAGUCAGGCAAUCACAUUUCACAAAUUUUAUUAAUAAAAUGGACAUUGCUUGUAACUAUUACUCAAUCUUUAGAACAACAAAAACGACAACAAGAAGGAAUUUAAAAAGUAUAUAAAUCAGGCUGAAAUGCAGGGCUGCAGAUUGUGCGUCAUCAUGGCUGUGCAGAGAAGAUGGUCACACGUGUUCUUCACCUGCAGAAGCGGCCUCUUACCCCCAUCACACCUACAGAGAAAACAAGCCCUCAGUCAACCAGCACAGUAUCUGUGAAACCAGAUAGACCACCACUCUCCUAAAAAACCGCACAUGAUGUACAGUGCCUGGAAUUCUUUGUCUUUUUUUAAUAAAUAAAAGUAAUAUCCCUGA